GCAAGGUUUCAAACAGGAAGUAGAGUCAACGCGUUUCAGAGCAUUACAUGAAGACCACUUUAAUGUACUUUCUGUAAAUGACGGUGAGUUAUUUUGAUUAUGUGUGUCCUCCAAUUAUAUGACCAGCAUUACGUUAUAUCUGCCACUUAGCUACACGUUUCUCUGGUUGCACACAAGCGAACAGCGACACCAAACAUGUUUGUCAACGCAGCUAAAAUUGUCUUUGGCUAAAGCAAUGCUGUUAUUAACACAGAUUCGUAUAGCAUUACACCCACCAUUCGUUGUUGAUUCCUUCAUAUAACCUAACAUCUUCACCAAGAAGAGACUAAGGACAUGGACAGCUUGUUCUCAUAGCGUUGCCUGUUUUCUGUUUCCAUUUGAACCAGGCGAAUAAAGAAAAUAUGACGGCCAAUACAGUGGGUAGACUGUGUUUCCGCAAUGUAAAUGCACUGGCUCCUAUGGUGCGCGUUGGCACCUUACCAAUGAGACUGCUGUCCCUGGAUUAUGGUGCUGAUAUUGUGUACUCUGAGGUAAAUCUGUCAAUGGAGGAGGUGUGCUUCAUUAUAUGCAUUUUAUGGCUUUGGGGCGAUUGACUGUCAACAUAUCUGGUGAAAAUGUUGUCUUUGAUUACUGUGUUCAAUCCAUUUUUUAAAAAUGUUUUGUAGGAGCUGAUUGACAUCAAAAUGGCACAGUGUCAGAGAGUUGUCAAUGGUAGGUUUGUCUCACCUACCCUACUACAGUCCUUUGAUUACCGUUGUUGCAAUAACUGUCACUGUGAGAUGCUAGUGUGUGUGUGUGUGUCGUGUGUGAUUUGCAGAGGUCUUGGAGACUGUGGAUUUCGUGGCUCCUGAUGAGAGAGUGAUGUUCAGGACCUGCGAAAAGGAGAAAGACCAUGUUGUCUUCCAGAUGGUAGGCUACACACGAGAGCCUUCACUGUCUGCAAUGUUUCAUUAGAGUAAUUGGGAGGGGGUGCUAUUGAAGUCAAUAUUUUACAUAGACAGGACUCAUGUCCUUAUUUAUUAAACAUGUCAAUGAUGGGACCAACACGACUGUGCCUCUUACUGUAUCUACAGGGAACUGCGGACCCAGACAGAGCACUAAUUGUGGCGCGACUAGUGUGAGUCUUGAACACUGUGUUUCUGUUGUCCAUCUAUUCUUUCUGUUUCAUUUCCACUGGUAUAUAGGAAGAACAUGUAAGCAUAUUUUGUCAGCAACUGAGGUGUAGGUUGAGAGGCACUACAAUCUGUUCUACCUAGGUUUGCAAAAUUUCAGGAACUUUCAAUAAAUUCCCUGGUUUUCCCGAAAUCCCGGUUGGAGAUUCCCGGAUUCAGGAGGGAAUAAGCAGGAAAUCCUGAGGCCUCCAACCAGGAUUUCUGGAAAACCAGGGAAUUUAUUGAAAGUUCCUGGAAUUUUGCAACCCUAGUUCUACCUCACAAAUAAAAAGGAAAGCCUUAUUGCCACUUGGCACCUGUUUUUUUUUAUAUAUUCCUCUUUGUAAUGUGUAGGGAGAAUGAUGUGGCUGCCAUCGAUGUGAACAUGGGCUGUCCUAAGGAAUACUCUACUAAGGUGGGCUAUGAGUGACACAGUCAGCAACCAACAAACAGUCAAUGAAUGGUCAGUCAGUUCAGACCUAAUAUAAUGUUCACACUGAGGUGACUGUCUGCUGACCCCUCGCUUCUCUGUAUCUCCUGCAGGGUGGGAUGGGAGCUGCUCUGCUCUCAGACCCCGACAAAAUCGAAGCGGUGAGUAGUCAAUCUUCGCCCCCCCCCCCACAAAUGAUCAGUAAGCUCAAUCUAAUUGAAUAAUUGAAUAGAGCACUGUAGACAAAUAAAAAAACAAAUUUUCAUUCAUCUCUCUUUUUCUAGAUUCUUAGAACACUUGUGAAAGGAGUGUCCAAACCAGUGACGUGUAAAAUCAGAAUAUUGGCCACAGUAAGUUUAAAAGGACAAUGCCGUUUCUACAGCAAUUAGAUAGGUGUUAUGUGUUUUGAGCCAAAUUCAUUAGUCUUUUGACCUCACUUGUUAAAGAUUACAUCCGCCAUUAAAAUUGUACUUGUGAGGCAGACUGACUGACCCCUGUGUUUAUGUGUGUGUUCAGGUGGAAGAUACUCUUAGUCUGGUUAAGAGAAUUGAGAACACAGGUGUGGCAGCUAUUGCUGUCCAUGGCAGGUAAAGUCCUGUUCUUAUCAUCCAUAUAUACACUACAUGACCAAAAGUAUGUGGACACCUGCUUGUCGAACAUCUCAUUCCAAAAUCAUGGGCAUGAAUAUGGAGUUGGUCCCCCCUUUGCUGCUAUAACCGCCUCCACUCUUCUGGGAAGGCUUUCCACUAGAUGUUGGAACGUUGCUGCAGGGACGUGCUUCCAUUCAGCCACAAGAAUAUUAGUGAAAUCGGACACUGAUGUUGGGCGAUUAGGCCUGGCUCGCAGUCGGCAUUCCAAUUCAUCCCAAAGGUGUUCAAUGGGGUUGAGGUCAGGGCUCUGUGCAGGCCAGUAAAGUUCUUCCAUACUGAUCUCGUCAAACCAUUUCUGUAUGGACCUCGCUUUGUGCACGGGAGCAUUGUCAUGCUGAAACAGGAAAGGGCCUUCCCCCAACUGUUGCCACAAAGUUGGAAGCACAGAAUUGUCUAGAAUGUCAUUGUAUGCUGUAGCGUUAAGAUUUCCCUUCACUGGAACUAAGGGGCCUAGUCCGAACAAUGAAAAAUAGCUCAAGACCAUUAUUCCUCCUCCACCAAACUUUACAGUUGGCACUAUGCAUUGGGGCAGGUAGCGUUCUCCUGGCAUCCGCCAAACCCAGAUUCGUCCGUCAGACUGCCAGAUGGUGAAGUGUGAUUCAUCACUCCAGAGAACGCAUUUCCACUGCUCCAGAGUCCAAUGGCUGCAAGCUUAACAUCACUCCAGCUGACGCUUGGCAUGGCGCAUGGUGAUCUUAGGCUUGUGUGCGGCUGCUUGACCAUGAAGCUCCCAACGAACAGUUCUUGUGCUGAUGCUUCCAGAAGCUGUUUGGAAAUCUGUAGUGAGUGUUGCAGCCGAUGACAGACGAUUUUUACGCGCUUCAGCACGCGGCGGUCCCGUUCUGUGAGCUUGUGUGACCUACCACUUUGCGGCAGAGCCGUUGUUGCUUCUAGAUGUUUUCACUUCACAAUAACAGAACUUAUAGGUGACCGGGGCAGCUCUAGCAGGGCAGAAAUUUGACGAACUGACUUGUUGGAAAGGUGGCAUCCUAUGACGGUGCCAAGUUGAAAGUCACUGAGCUCUUCAGUAAGGCCAUUCUACUGCCAAUGUUUGUCUAUGGCGAUUGCAUGGCUGUGUGCUCGAUUUGAUACACCUGUCAGCAACGGAUGUGGCUGAAAUGGCCGAAUCCACUCAUUUGAUUGGGUGUCCACAUACUAUUCUAUAUAUAUUGUAUUUUGCAUUCAUCUGAUUUUAGAUGCUUGAUUUUGUGUAAAUCAACUGAUUUAUAGAGACCCAACUCUUUCUGUGGCUCAUUUUCUUUUCUUUGGUUUUGCAUAUCCAAAUUAAUUUUUGACUGCCUCUACUUCCUCAGGUUAAAAGAUGAAAGACCAAGACACCCUGUUCACUGUGACUUCAUCCAGGCUAUAGCUGAGGCGGUGUCCAUUCCUGUCAUUGCUAAGUGAGUCGCUCUGUCUCUCUCAAACGUGUUGUGAACACGGAGAUAAAUCAAUGAUUCAUCUCUAUGGUUGUGACUAACUGUCCUUGCCACUUACUGUGUCUUGUUUAGCGGAGGUUCUCUGGACCGGGUCAAAGCCCACGCUGACAUCGAGGACUUCCGGAAGGCCACCGGGGCGUCCUCGGUGAUGGUUGCCAGGGCAGCUAUGUGGAACCCCUCAGUGUUCCGCAGUCAGGGACUGCUGUCUGUGGAGGAGGUCAUGGAGGAGUACCUCAAAUACGUGAGUCCACCGCCCUACGUCCACCUUACCUCACUCUGCAGGAGACCUACUGUGUUAAAACGCCAAACUCAACUAUCACUGUCAUAUUGUAGAUUGACAUAUUGUGGUAUGACAUAGGAAAGUUACCUAGGUAAUCCAAGGCUUGUCUUUUGAUCUGAUAAUGACGCAAUCUCAAACUACAGGGACAUAAAUCAGAGAUGACUUGCUAUAUGGCAACUUUACCAAGCAUAUGAUAAAUUGUGUCAUGUUAGAAGCCAAUUAAGAAAUGUAGGUGCUUUUUGUAUUUGUAGGCCAUCCGCUAUGACAACCAUGCCUUCAACACCAAGUACUGCCUCUGUCAGAUGCUGAGGGAUAAGGUGGAGUCUCCACUGGGGAAGCAACUCAAAUCUGCCCAAACCAACGAAGAGAUCUGGUACAUGUCUUUUGAAUCAUGAUGUCAGAGAACUUGAACUGUGAAUUCCAGUAUUCUAGUUAAUUUCCUAGUAAAUGUAGUUAUAUUUCAUAUAUUAUUCUUUUAGUGAACCUUUUUGGUAAUAAGUACUCAAACAUUGUAGUAUUGGUACUCAAGUUUGAUGUUUGGGUAUUUAACUGUACACCUGUGUUUUCCAGUGAGGGAUAUGGGCUGCAGGAAUACUAUAAGAAGACCCAGGCAGAACUACAAGCCAGAAGGGAAGCCAUCCAAACCAACCACAAUCACCCUGACCACCCUGUUCUAGAUGGUGAUGUCACCACAAUGCGUGUCAAAUUUGAACGGUUCGUUCUAAGUCCAUUCGGAACUCCUCUUCCACAUCUCUCAUCAGGUUACAGCAGCACUACCCUCAGUCUGGUGGAUGAUGUUUAAGGCAUACAGUGAGGGAAAAAAGGAUUUGAUCCCCUGCUGAUUUUGUACGUUUGCCCACUGACAAAGAAAUGAUCAGUCUAUAAUUUUAAUGGUAGGUUUAUUUGAACAGUGAGAGACAGAAUAACAACAAAAAAAUCCAGAACAACGCAUGUCAAAAAUGUUAUAAAUUGAUUUGCAUUUUAAUGAGGGAAAUAAGUAUUUGACCCCCUCUCAAUCAGAAAGAUUUCUGGCUCCCAGGUGUCUUUUGUACAGAUAACGAGUUGAGAUUAGGAGCACACUCUUAAAGGGAGUGCUCCUAAUCUCAGUUUGUUACCUGUAUAAAAGACACCUGUCCACAGAAGCAAUCAGAUUCCAAACUCUCCACCAUGGCCAAGACCAAAGAGCUCUCCAAGGAUGUCAGGGACAAGAUUGUAGACCUACACAAGGCUGGACCAUCGCCAAGCAGCUUGGUGAGAAGGUGACAACAGUUGGUGUGAUUAUUCGCAAAUGGAAGAAACACACGACUGUCAAUCUCUCUCGGCCUGGGGCUCCAUGCAAGACUCCAUGCAGGGCGUUGAAAAUGGGUCGUGGAUGGGUAUUCCAGCAUGACAAUGACCCAAAACACACGGCCAAGGCAACAAAGGAGUGGCUCAAGAAGUAGCACAUUAAGGUCCUGGAGUGGCCUAGCCAGUCUCCAGACCUUAAUCCCAUAGAAAAUCUGUGUAAGGAGCUGAAGGUUCGAGUUGCCAAACAUCAGCCUCGAAACCUUAAUGACUUGGAGAAGAUCUUCAAAGAGGAGUGGGACAAAAUCCCUCCUGAGAUGUGUGCAAACCUAGUAGCCAACUACAAGAAACGUCUGACCUCUGUGAUUGCCAACAAGGGUUUUGCCACCAAGUACUAAGUCAUGUUUUGCAGAGGGGUCAAAUACUUAUUUCCCUCAUUAAAAUGCAAAUCAAUUUAUAACAUUUUUGCAUGUGUUUUUCUGGAUUUUGUUGUUGUUAUUCUGUCUCUCACUGUUCAAAUAUCUCACUGAUCAUGUCUUUGUCAGUGGGCAAACGUACAAAAUCAGCAGGGGAUCAAAUACUUUUUUCCCUCACUGUAUAGGAUAGAUAUUAAAGCUACAAUAUGUAACUUUUUGGGCGACCUGACCAAGUUCGCAUAGAAAUGUAAUUUAUAGAUCUGUUAUUCUCAUUGAAUCAAAUCCAUUUUUAUUUGCCACAUGCGCCGAAUACAGUGAAAUGUUUACUUACAAGCCCUUAACCAACAAUGCAGUUUAAGAAAAAUAAGUGUUAAGUAAAAAAUAAUUAAAGAGCAGCAGUAAAAUAAAAUAACAGUAGGGAGGCUAUAUACAGGGGUUACUGGUACAGAGUCAAUGUGCAGGGGCACAGGUUAGUCGAGGUAAUUGAGGUAAUAUGUACACGUGGGUAGAGUUAAAAUGACUAUGCAUCGAUAAUAAACAGAGAGUAGCAGCAGCGUAAAAGAUCUGGGUAGCUGUGAUUAGCUGUUCAGGAGUCAUAUGGCUUGGGGGUAGAAGCUGUUAAGAAGCCUUUUGGACAUAGACUUGGCACUCUGGUAUCGCUUGCCGUGUGGUAGCAGAAAGAACAGUCUAUGUCUAGGGUGGCUGGAGUCUUUGACAAUUUUUAGGGCCUUCCUCUGACACCGCCUGGUAUAGAGGUCCUGGAUGGCAGGAAGCUUGGCCCCAGUGAUAUACUGGGCCGUACGUACUACCCUCUGUAGUGCCUUGCGGUCGGAGGCCAAGCAGUUGCCAUACCAGGCAGUGAUGCAACCAGUCAGGAUGCUCUCGAUGGUGCAGCUGUAUAACUUUUUGAGGAUCUGAGGACCCAUGCCUCAGUCUCCUGAGGGGGAAUAGGCUUUGUCGUGCCCUCUUCACGACUGUCUUGGUGUGUUUGGACCAUGAUAGUUUGUUGGUGAUGUGGAUACCAAGGAACUUGAAGCUCUCAACCUGUUCCACUACAGCCCUGUGGAUGAGAAUGGGGGUGUGCUCAGUCCUCUUUUUUUUCCUGUAGUCCACAAUCAUCUCCUUUGUCUUGAUCACGUUGAGGGGGAGGUUGUUAUCCUGGCACCACACGGCCAGGUCUCUGACCUCCUCCCUAUAGGCUGUCUCAUCGUUGUUGGUGAUCAGGCCUACCACUGUUGUGUUAUCAGCAAACAUAAUGAUGGUGUUGGAGUCGUGCCUGGCCAUGCAGAGUACAGGAGGGGACUUAGCAUACACCCCUGAGGGGCCCCCGUGUUGAGGAUCAGCAUGGCAGAUGUGUUGUUACCUACCCUUACCACCUGGGGACGGCCCGUCAGGAAGUCCAGGAUCCAGUUGCAGAGGGAGGUGUUUAGUCCCAGAGUCCUUAGCUUAGUGAUGAGCUUUGAGGGCACUAUGGUGUUGAACGCUGAGCUGUAGUCAAUGAAUAGCAUUCUCACGUAGGUGUUCCUCUUGUCCAGGUGGGAAAGGGCAGUGUGGAGUGCAAUAGAGAUUGCAUCAUCUGUGGAUCUGUUGGGGCGGUAUGCAAAUUGGAGUGGGUCUAGGGUUUCAGGGAUAGUGGGACUAUGGUUUCAGGGAUAAUGGUGUUGAUGUGAGCCAUGACCAGCCUUUCAAAGCACUUCAUGGCUACAGACGUGAGUGCUACGGGUCGGUAGUCAUUUAAGCAGGUUAUCUUUGUGUUCUUGGGCACAGGGACUAUGGUGGUCUGCUUGAAACAUGUUGGUAUUACAGACUCAGUCAGGGACAUGUUGAAAAUGUCAGUGAAGACACUUGCCAGUUGGUCAGCGCAUGCUCGGAGUACGCGUCCUGGCCAUCCGUCUGGCCCUGCGGUCUUGUGAAUGUUGACCUGCUUAAAAGUCUUACUCACAUUGGCUACAGAGAGCGUGCUCACAUAGUCAUCCGGAACAGCUGAUGCUCUCAUGCAUGCUUCAGUGUUGCUUGCCUCGAAGCAAGCAUAGAAGUGAUUUAGCUCAUCUGGUAGUCUCGUGUCACUAAGCAGCUCGCGGCUGUGCUUCCCUUUAUAGUCUGUAAUAGUUUGCAAACCCUUCCACAUCUGACGAGCAUCGGAGCCGGUGUAGUACGAUUCAAUCUUAGUCCUGUAUUGACGCUUUGCCUGUUUGAUGGUUCGUCGGAGGGCAUCCGGGUUAGAGUCCCACUCCUUGAAAGUGGCAGCUCUCGUGGUCCUCUGUAGCUCAAUUGGUAGAGCAUGGCGCUUGUAACGCCAGGGUAGUGGGUUCGAUCCCCGGGACCACCCAUACGUAAAAAUGUAUGCACACAUGACUGUAAAUCGCUUUGGAUAAAAGCGUCUGCUAAAUGGCUUAUUAUUAUUAUUAUUAUUAUUACCCUUUAGCUCAGUGCGGAUGUUGCCUGUAAUCCAUGGCUUCUGGUUGGGGUAUGUACAGUGGGGAGAACAAGUAUUUGAUACGCUGCCGAUUUUGCAGGUUUUCCUACUUACAAAGCAUGUAGAGGUCUGUAAAAAUCCAGAAAAUCACAUUGUAUGAUUUUUAAGAAAUGUAUUAGCAUUUUAUUGCAUGACAUAAGUAUUUGAUCACCUACCAACCAGUAAGAAUUCCGGCUCUCACAGACCUGUUAGUUUUUCUUUAAGAAGUCCUCCUGUUCUCCACUCAUUACCUGUAUUAACUGCACCUGUUUGAACUCGUUACCUGUAUAAAAGACACCUGUCCACACACUCAAUCAAACAGACUCCAACCUCUCCACAAUGGCCAAGACAAGAGAGCUGUGUAAGGACAUCAGGGAUAAAAUUGUAGACCUGCACAAGGCUGGGAUGGGCUACAGGACAAUAGGCAAGCAGCUGGUGAGAAGGCAACAACUGUUGGCGCAAUUAUUAGAAAAUGGAAGAAGUUCAAGAUGACGGUCAAUCACCCUCGGUCUGGGGCUCCAUGCAAGAUCUCACCUCGUGGGGCAUCAAUGAUCAUGAGGAAGGUGAGGGAUCAGCCCAGAACUACACGGCAGGACCUGGUCAAUGACCUGAAGAGAGCUGGGACCACAGUCUCAAAGAAAACCAUUAGUAACACACUACGCCGUCAUGGAUUAAAAUCCUGCAGCGCACGCAAGGUCCCCCUGCUCAAGCCAGCGCAUGUCCAGGCCCGUCUGAAGUUUGCCAAUGACAAUCUGGAUGAUCCAGAGGAGGAAUGGGAGAAGGCCAUGUGGUCUGAUAAGACAAAAACAGAGCUUUUUGGUCUAAACUCCACUCGCCAUGUUUGGAGGAAGAAGAAGGAUGAGUACAACCCCAAGAACACCAUCCCAGCAGUGAAGCAUGGAGGUGGAAACAUCAUUCUUUGGGGAUGCUUUUCUGCAAAGGGGACAGGACGACUGCACCGUAUUGAGGGGAGGAUGGAUGGGGCCAUGUAUCGCGAGAUCUUGGCCAACAACCUCCUUCCCUCAGUAAGAGCAUUGAAGAUGGGUCGUGGCUUGGUCUUCCAGCAUGACAACGACCCGAAACACACAGCCAGGGCAACUAAGGAGUGGCUCCGUAAGAAGCAUCUCAAGGUCCUGGAGUGGCCUAGCCAGUCUCCAGACCUGAACCCAAUAGAACAUCUUUGGAGGGAGCUGAAAGUCCGUAUUGCCCAGCGACAGCCCCGAAACCUGAAGGAUCUGGAGAAGGUCUGUAUGGAGGAGUGGGCCAAAAUCCCUGCUGCAGUGUGUGCAAACCUGGUCAAGACCUACAGGAAAUGUAUGAUCUCUGUAAUUGCAAACAAAGGUUUCUGUACCAAAUAUGAAGUUCUGCUUUUCUGAUGUAUCAAAUACUUAUGUCAUGCAAUAAAAUGCAAAUUAAUUACUUAAAAAUCAUACAAUGUGAUUUUCUGGAUUUAAAAAAAAUUACAGACCUCUACAUGCUUUGUAAGUAGGAAAACCUGCAAAAUCGGCAGUGUAUCAAAUACUUGUUCUCCCCACUGUACAUACGGUCAUAGUGGGGACGACGUCAUCGAUGCACUUAUUGAUGAAGUCAGUGACUGGAACAUAUUCCAGUCUGUGCUAGCAAAACAGUCCUGUAGCUUAGAAUCUGCGUCAUCUGACCACUUCCUUAUUAAGCGAGUCACUGGUGCUUAUAAGCAGGAAUCAGGAGGAUAGAAUUAUGGUCAGAUUUGCCAAAUGGAGGGCGAGGGAGAGCUUUGUAUGCGUCUCUGUGUGUGGAGUAAAGGUGGUCUAGAAUUUUUUUUCCUCUGGUUGCACAUUUAACAUGCUGGUAGAAAUGAGGUAGAACCGAUGUAAGUUUCCCUGCAUUAAAGUCCCCGGCCACUAGGCGUGCUGCCUCUGGAUGAGCGUUUUCCUGUUUUCUUAUGGCCUUAAACAGCUCAUUGAGUGCAGUCUUAGUGCCAGCAUCGGUUUGUGGUGGUAAAUGGACAGCUACCAAAAAUAUAGAUGAAAACUCUCUUGGUAAAUAGUGUGGUCUACAGCUUAUCAUGAGAUACUCAACCUCAGGUGAGCAAAACCUUGAGACUUCCUUAAUAUUAGAUUUCGUGCACCAGCUGUUGUUUACACAAACCGCCACCACUUGUCUUACCGGAGUCAGCUGUUCUAUCCUGCCGAUGUAGCGUAUAUAUCCCGCCAGCUGUAUGUUAUCCAUGUUGUUGUUUAGCCUCGACUCGGUGAAACAUAAGAUAUUACAGUUUUAAAUUUCCUGUUGGUAGGAUAUCCUUGAUCGUAGGUCGUCCAUUUUGUUUUACAAUGAUUGUACGUUGGCUAAUAGGAGUGAUGGAAGAGGCAAUAGGACUGAUGAAAGCAAUUCUAAGAAGCAGUAGAUCUGUUCUAUGUGCACUAUUUUUAUGCUUCCCGUUCUUAAGUUUAGUUUUUGCAUAUUUUACUGUCAGUUUUGUACACCAGCUUCAAACAGCAGAAAAUACAAUUAUUUUGGUUAUGGAAAAGAUACAGUACACAAAUUAACUUUUAACAAGGCACACCUGUUAAUUGAAAUGCAUUCCAGGUGAUUACCUCAUGAAGCUGGUUGAGAGAAUGCCAAGCGUAUGCAAAGCUGUCAUCAAGGCAAAGGGUGACUAUUUGAAGAAUCUCAAAUAUAAAAUAUAUUUUGAUUUGUUUAACACUUUUUUGGUUACUACAUGAUUCCAUAUGUGUUAUUUCAUAGUUUUGAUGUCUUCACUAUUCUACAAAGUAGAAAAUAGUAAAAAUAAAGAAAAACCCUUGAAUGAGUAGGUGUGUCUAAACUCUUGACUGGUACUGUAUGUCACAGCGGUUUAGAUGGUACAAUGAUUCUCUACACGAUGACUACUUGUUUUGUCACAAAACUAUUAGAAUUUCAGCAACCAGGAAACGGUGGAACGAUUUCUGCAUAGUGCACUUUUAAGACCAUUGUUUUAUGUCUAGUAAGUCACUAGUUGAGUUGUGUAGGCAGGUAGUGGGAGGUCCUGUAAUUUAUGACUGUGAAUAUUACAUAUUGCGCAUAUUAUUAUGACUGUACAUAUAUUGAUGGGAGUGUGAUAUUUGUGUGUCAGGAGGGAGUACCCUGGAGAGUUCAGCCCUAAGAUGUUCCUGCUGGAAUGGAGCCGCAAGGAGAACUUGGAGCAACCACGUUAUGAGACGGUAAAAUGACCACUUUAGAUUAACAAUGGUCUUUUAACAUACAAGUUCUCAAAACCAGAAUGCAUUUAUGUGUAGUGUGCCUAUGUGCAUUGAUUUCUAACUAAAUGCAUUGUGUAUGAUGUUUUCAGGUACAGCGCUCUCAAGACCGGGCGUUCCAAUCCAUAGUAACGAUGACAGGGAAAAAGUACAGAUCCACUCUGUGGUGAGUUAUUAGUGAAAGUGUUAGACAUUUUAAUUGUUAGUCAUUUAGCAUACGCUCUUAUCCAGAGCGACUUAAAGUUAGUGCAUUCACCUUAAGAUAGCUAGGUGGGACAACUACAUAUCACAGUUAAUAGCUAGGUUUCCAUCUAAUUGGCGACAGAUUCUCAUACGAAUAUGCAAGAUUCCGCAUAAAAACAAUAUGCGCAUUUUCAAGUGCGAGUGUUAGUUCACAAAAGGCUUAAUUCGUUGUAUUUAUAUUUGUGACCAAGUUAAACCCUGGGAAUGUAAAGCUUGAUAACACUGUUAUAACACUUAAUAAUGUUUAAAAGCAGUGUUAUUUACUUAUACAAAUGCUAAAUUACACUGUAUUCACACAUAAUAACACGUUCUCUUUUAUAUCCAUGCAGGGAGAAGUCAAAGAAAUAUGCAGAGCAGGCUUCUGCUAUAGUAUGUCUACGUGUCCUAGGACUACCAGAGGGGCGGGCGGGUGAAGAGUACUCUGGGUUGGUGGGCAAGAGGAAGAGGGAGGAGAAGAGCAACAAGACGCCAGACGAGGAGGACGCCACUGCAUACUCUGGAGCCAGGAAAAGAUACCUGUCUGAAAACCCAGAAGAGCAACAGGUAGCCACGGAAGGCAACAGGUCACCAACUAUUCCAAAUGGUGUACAGCACAAGACAAGCAGAGCCUGACUACUGCACCGUGUAACAACUGUGUAAAAUGACUGCUUUAUAACCGCAAUAAGACAGCAUGCACCUUUUAUAUUAAAUGGUGGCUAGUUUGCAGCAGGGGUCAGCUCUUACCAUGGGGAGUGAUUGAUACAGUAGCGGCCAUAUUAUUGUGAGAUUGAGACAUUGCAACAAGAGUAGCCUACAGUGAGUGUCUGAGAUAUUCUGACAGCCCC